UCGUCCUCUGGUCCUCCUCCCCUGACUCAACUGCUCUGGCAUUGUUAAUUUUGGGGCCUCUGGGCCCUGAGCUUAUUGGGUGCCACAAAAGAAACAUGAGAAUCCAGGGCUCCCUCCUCCUGGUAGUCCUCCUGGCUUUGGAGACCCAAUUGCCUGUGGCCUUGUGUAGGAAUAAGGGAGACAAAUUGGGGGGCUGCCCACCAGACGACGGGCCUUGCCUCCAGGUGACCCCUGAUCAGUGCUUGAAUGACCGCCAGUGUCCCUCAUCUUUGAAGUGCUGCUCCAGAUCCUGCUUCCUCCAAUGUGUCCCUCGGGUCUCAGUGAAGCUGGGAAACUGCCCGGUGGAUAAACUCCGCUGUCUCAAUCCUGUAAAGCACAUGUGUUACCAAGACUCGGACUGCUCAGGCAAAAAGCGGUGCUGCCUUGGUGCCUGUGGCCGGGACUGCCGAGACCCCAGCAAAGGCUAAUUCUGGCUUAGGAUCUGUGACUCUGUGCCUCAGGUGUGUUUUCCACCGGGAAGAGAUCAUGGUGGAGGCCAGGGAUCCUGCCAUCCAGCUCAUCUCUGCAGAACAGUUGUACCUGACAGACACUGGCUUGUUGCUAGCUGCUUUCCCCUACAACGCAUGCCUCCAGGGUUCUCUUGCUGCGUGCAGGGAGACCUUAAAGACACAUCUCAUCACUGCAGUACCCCAUCCCUUUUCAUGCCGAGCUUCCCACCCUACCUCAGUUGUUUCUACAUCCUCCUCUACUUCCUGUUUCCUCCACUUAUGCCAACUCAAGCAGCCCCUUCUCUACCGAGCCCUGAACCCAUCCCUGGACAGUUCUCUCUGUAAAAUUAAUGUCUGCCAGGAAUUCCCAAACAACAGUCCAUACACUCAUCCUGUUACAAUCUUCCCCAUCCCUGCAGAACCACACUAAAAUGUGUCAAGUUGUAUAAAGUAACCCCUGUGCAUCUA